CUUCAUUGUGUGGACUGUCCGAUACGUAGUCUAAACUCAGCAACGGCUUCGAUUCUCGCCAGCCGGGUAUGUCGGAGAGUGCCACUGUCCACUAUUUCUCCUCUAUUCGGAGAGUGCCACUGUCCACUAUUUCUCCUUUGUUCGAGCUUUGAGCCUUCAUUGUGUGGAAAGACAUCGGCCGGUUUCCUGAUUAAGUUCUUCAUUGUGUGGAAAGACAUCGACCGGUCUAUGCCUUGUAAAAUUGUAGUCCCGUUCUUAGCAAACUACCAUUUGGUUUUUUUUCUCUCAGCAGCUGAUACAGUUUUUUACAUUCAUAUGUCUCAGCUGUUUUGGUUGGCUCUCUGUUUUCAAUUGAGUUUAUUGCUGACUGUGAGUCCAAAAGGAAUACCCCUUUGGUGA